AUGAACGCCGCUCCCCAAAGCGUCGGUGUGGACGACUCGUUCAUCACUUUCGUCCCUCUCAAAGUGAACACAACCGUCCAGACCCCGACGCCGAUCACUUUUGACGGCACCCCACCCCCCAACUUCACCCCCUCGGACCUCACCCCCCUGAACCAACUCGCCCGCGUAUUGCUCUCGAACCCGAAAGCGAUCUUCCCCCCUCCGCCCGUCCCACAACCGAACGAACGUUCGACCCAAGUCGCCCAGGCCAAGGAAGAAGGCAACAAACACUUUCGCGUUAAGAACUGGACCGAAGCGAUCAAGUUCUACACCCUGUCAGCGGACAUCGCCGCCAGUCGACCCGUUUUCGAAGCCGGCGUUUACGCAAGGGACGAACUGGCUCUCACUUUGAGCAAUAGGUCCGCGGCGUACAUGGGUGCAGGGCAAUAUGUCAACGCUUUGGUCGAUGCGGAUACGGUGAUUCAGAUCAAGAGGCCGUGGAUGAAGGGUCAUUUCAGGAGGGGGAAGGCCUUGGCCGCGAUGGGCAGGUUGCACGAGGCGAGGGAGGCCUUCUUGUUGGGAUUGCAGUUCGAUCCGACAGCUGAGGUGAGUUACAUUGGACGUCGUACCGCUCUCUUCGUGGAUGUCCCCCACCACACCGAGCCUGCGUCCACUGGGUCGACUCUGCGCAUACCGAACGGAGCGCUGACGUGUCCACGCUGAUGUCCCGGGAACAGGAGGUGCGUACGGCCGUCGACGAGGUCAACAAGCAACUUUUGGCACAACAAGAUAAAGACGCAUCGACGACGACGAAGACAGCAGCAGCACCCGUGACAGCCUAA